GGGACGGCGCCAUGGCGGCGGCCGAGGACCCCGAGGUCCUGCAGGAGUGUGGCUGCAAGGGCAUCCGGACCUGUCUGAUCUGCGAGGGGCAGCGCUGCGGUGACCCGCCAUGGCAGCUGUCCCCGCAGAAAACACACCAUUUCCUCUACUGCUCGGACUCUGGCUGGGCCGUGGGGGCCGAGGACUCUGACUUUGAGGGCUGGGCCUUCCCAUUUCCGGGAGUGACACUGAUAGAGGACUUCGUGACGAGGGAGGAAGAAGCCGAGAUGGUGCGUCUGAUGGACUGCGACCCCUGGAAGCUCUCUCAGUCUGGGCGGAGGAAACAGGACUAUGGCCCCAAAGUCAACUUUCGGAAACAGAAGCUGAAGACAGCGGGCUUCCGAGGCCUCCCCAGCUUCAGCCGGGAGGUGGUGCACAGGAUGGGACUGUUCCCCGGGCUGCAGGGCUUCCAGCCCGUCGAGCAGUGUAACCUGGACUACAGCCCUGAGCGGGGCUCCGCCAUCGACCCCCACCUGGACGACGCCUGGCUCUGGGGGGAGCGGCUGGUGAGCCUCAACCUGCUGUCCCCCACCGUGGUGUCCAUGUGCCGGGAGGCACCCGGCAGCCUUCUGCUCUGCUCGGCCCCCUCUGCCGACGCCGAGGCCUUUGGGGACAGCGUGAUUGCCCCCAGCAGGUCUGUCCAGUGCCAGGAGGUGGAGGUGGCCAUCCCCGUACCCCGCCGGUCCCUGCUGGUGCUCACGGGGGCUGCGCGGCACCAGUGGACACAUGCCAUCCACCGCAAGCACAUCCAGGCCCGCCGCGUCUGCGCCACCUUCCGGGAGCUGUCGGCCGAGUUCCGGCCUGGGGGGAGGCAGCAGGAGCUGGGGCGGGAACUGCUGCAGCUCGCGCUCUCCUUUCAAGGAAGACCCGUGUGAGCUGCCUCCCGGGGCACCAGGGGACGGGAGCCAGAGCAGCGCCUGGCCAGAGCCAGCCCCACACUGACCACUUCCUCUGGACGGAGGGAGGCGGGAGCCCAGCGUUGGGACUUCUUUCUCUGGCAGUGCUGGCGAUUGAACCCAAGGGUGGUCUCCACUGAGCUACAGCCCCAGCCCUGUGAGUGUUCUAUUCUGAGAUUUGGUCUUGCCACGUUGCCAGGGCUGGCCUUGAACUUGGCAGUCCUUCCUUGGCCUCCAGGUGGCCUGGAUUGUAGCUGCGCCCACUGCACCCAUUUCCCCUCCUUAGGUUUUUUUUGGUACUGGAGAUGGAACCCAGGGGCACUUAACCACUGAGCAACAUCCCCAGCCCUUAUUAUUUAUUUUCAUUUUGAGACAGGGUCUCACUAAGUUACUGAGGCUGGCUUUGAACUUGGGAUACUCCUGCCUCAGCCUCCUGAGUCAGGGGAUUGUAAGCGUGUACCACCACGUCUGGCCCUGGUUAGGUUCUGAGAGAAGCCAUCUGACCUAAGCCCCGUUGUCUGUCUCAUAGGCAGUGCGUGCCUGAGGCCCUGCCCAGCUGCUACUUCCUUCCUUUUUUGUAGUACUAGGGAUGGAAACCAGGGCCUGGCACAUGCUAGGCAAGUGCUCUACCACUGAGCUACACCCCCAGCCCUUUUAUUUUAUUUUGAGAUGACCCAAGUUACCCAGUCUGGCCUUGAACGCAUGAUCCUCCUGCUUCAGCCUCCAGAGUAUGGGGAGCUGGUUUUGAUGGGACUGAGCCUGCAUUAUGGCCACCGUUUGGGUUAACUGUCAACAGUUUGAAGGGAAGAGGGAUUUGGCACAGUGUAAAAUGAUUUUCUCCUUUAUCUGUUCCUCUGAAUGAAUUUUACAGACACCCUCACACCCAGCCCUUCCAUCAGGGGGCACUUUGGACUGGAGAAUGUCACUGGUGGUAGAUCUGAAGUUCAGAAUGUGGCCACAACUUCUGAGUUGGGCCCAGCCUGGUCAAGCUGACCCGCUGGGGUGGGGGAUGUGAUGGGCAGGGAUAUCUGAGGGCCUGGCUCCUGCCACCUCCCCACAGUGCGAUUUAAAAGGUAGAACAGGCCCCUUACCUCCCAGGAUGCCUCGGUUGUUCCCCUGGUGGCAUGCAGGCUGUGCAGGUGCCCAUCUGGAUAGGGCAGCCGCCACUCACCUGUGACAAGCGGGUGGCAGUGUUCCCAGACCUACGCGGCAGCCUCUCCUGCAGCCUGGCUUACUGCUGUGUGCUGGGAGCCACCUUGGAAGAACAGGGACACCUCCCCCCCCCAGGAAAGGGGAUCCGCACUGCUCCGUAGGGUCACUCAGAACGGCUGAGAGUUCUGUGAAGCAGUGUCCAGCUGCUGAGCUGCUGGCCAAAGCAGGGGAGCCCUGUGACGACCAUGGAGAGGCUUCCCAGUGCCCAGCAGGUGGGAGUCCGUUCUCAGACCACCAGGACUUCCAUCCCGCAUCCGCUCACGGGUGCCAGAGGAUGGCAGGCGCAUGCUGUCCUCCCGUGUGGGCCCCUCGCGGGCUCUCAGGUCCCUGCUAGCCAGAGCUCCAGCUGCCUCUGAGAGCAGUGAGGCUCAGGGAGCCUUUGCCUGGGCCCAGGGGCCUCCGAAGCCCUGUACCCUGGCAGAGCCUGUGGGGGGUGGCAGUGAGGGAGGACAACGUGUGUCUGGGAAAAGGACACGUGACCUCGCAGAGAGCUGGGCAGCCAGGGACCCCGCCCACAGGCGCGCCCAGUGCUUGCCAAGCAUUCCACAGGGGUCCCUCCUGCACUCCUGCCAAAGAUGCUUGGGAACGUCCCAUUCCGUGCCAGGCUGGUGACCUCAGAGUUGAGCCUGUCCCUGAAGCUGUGACAUAAAGACCUGCUGUUCCUGUCACCCAGCGUGCUGGGGCUGAAGAGCCCAGGCUGCAUGGCGUGCCAUGACCAGCUCCUAGGCACCGCUGCCUGAGUGUCUGAAGGGCUGGGCCCCAGCAACUGGGGCUCAGGGGUCGUGAGGUCCCUUGUCUAUGGGGUGGCUGCCUGUGCCUGCUCCCUUCAGCACACUUAGGGCCCAGGCAUGUGUCCUGUGGACUAGGUUGUCCUAAGGCUCUCGAGGGCAGUCUGGUGAAGCCAGCAGUACCCUCUGGGUGGCUCAGCUGGCAUCCCAGGCUUGCCACUUUACAGCGCUCUUUAGGGAGCCUGGUGCUGCUUGUGUGGUGAGGCCCUGGGGGUCCCAACUCAGGAGGAGGAGGGGCUGAGCUGGGAGCCUCCCGGGGUUUCCCUGCCUUGGUGCUGGUUGAACUAACCCUAGUGUCCCGCAGCAGCCCAGGUGUGGGGGCAG